GUUGAUUAUAACUAGUUCAAUUAGAUUUAGCGCCAUAGAAACAAUUUGUUUUCAUUAUUGUUGCUACGGGUCCGAUUGGUAAUUUUUUUUAGAUUUUAAUCAAAAUAACUUGGUCGAAUUCUGUGAUAAAUAUUAAAUACUUAACGUAUUGCGUUGUGUUUCGUUAAUGAGUUCCAAUUGAGUUUUGUCUUGCCUGUAAUUCAUUUGUUAUACAUUUUAAGUAGCAGCCGUGAACAGCGGUUUACGGUUCUACGUAAUAGUUUGGAAGCGGUAUAAAAUGUUGAAAAUUAAACUUGAAAAUGAUGAAACAGAACAACACUCCUUUGAUGUCAUUGCACCCAAACCGUUAAAUGUGCAGUUCAAAAACAAUGAAAUUUCUACAACAGAGGAGUAUUUGAUAAAGAAUAAGGUCGACAAUACUUAUGACUGCAAUAACGACAAUUUGAAUGUCAAAUUUGAAAAAGAAUGCUUCAAUGAUUGUGUUUUCGAAUCAGAUAUUGAAAUCGUAAGGCAUGAACUGUUUGAUGCUGAAAAAGAGCUAACACCGUUGUAUGACUGCAAUUACUGCCAAAAAUCGUUUAAGACAAAACGACGAAUUAAAAACCAUAUUUUAAGUAUUCAUUAUCCGUGUAACGAGAUCGACACUUCAAAUUGUACAAACUCUAUUGAUAACUAUACUAGAAACAAAGAUGUCCUAUUUAAUUGUGGUAUUUGUUUAAAAAGUUUCUCAUCAAAAUCAAACCUGAAAAGACAUUGGCGGAUUCAUACGGACGAAAAGGCUUUUAAAUGCAAUGUGUGUGAAAAAACAUUUGGACGAAAAGAACACCUCAAAACUCAUAAAAUGACACAUACUGGCAAGAAACCCUUUAAAUGCGAUGUCUGUAAAAAAACAUUUAGUCAACAAACUAAUCUCAAGAGACAUGCACGUAUACAUACCGGCGAGAAUCCCCUUAGAUGCGAUAUCUGUGAAAAAGGUUUUAAUACACAAUCUAACCUCAAAACUCAUGAACGCAUACAUAUUGGUGGGGUACGUUAUGAAUGCUCCGUCUGUAAAAAAUCGUAUGGUCACCAAAAUACUUUAAAAAAACAUCAAGCAAAAGCACACGACUAA